AUGAACGCGUCGUGCGUCCGACCGAGCUUCGUGUCGCACAGCGAUCGCGGCGGCGGCGCGCGGCGGUCGUCUCGAGGCGAGCCGGAGCCGCCGUCGCCGAACUCGCGCGCGGCCAAGACGGCCGCGCAGAGGGACGAAGUGCGCGCGAGGGUGCGGGAUAACAUCUUGUUCAAAGAUUUAGACGCCGCGCCGCUCGAGGAGCUCGUGGACGCCGCGUUCGAGGUGUCGUACCCCGCGGGCGCGGUCGUCAUCGAGCAAGGCGACGAGGGAGAUAACUUCUACGUCGUCGCGGACGGCGUGGCGGACGCCGCCGUGCGAGGAAAAAUCGCGGGCGACGCCCCGACGACGGUGCAGGUCCUCGAACCCGGCGCCAGUUUCGGCGAGCUCUCGCUCAUGUACAACUCGCCGAGGGCGGCGACGGUGACGGCGCGCACGGCGUGUCGCCUGUGGGCGCUCGACCGCGAGACGUUCCGCGACAUCGCGUGCGUCUCGUCGCAGCGCACGAGGAAGACCAGAGAGGGGUUCCUCGAGCGCGUUCCCGUGUUGAGCGCGCUGACGGCGGCGGAGCGCUCGAGAGUCGCGGACGCGAUCGAGACGAAGUCGUUCGCGAGAGGAGACGCGGUGGUGUCGCAAGGCGAGGACGGCGACGCGUUUUACAUCGUCGAGCGAGGACAGGCGGCGGCGGCACGCGAAGGCGUCGACGCGCGCGAGCGCGACGUGGAGGUGAAGCGAUACGUCCCCGGGGAUUACUUCGGGGAGCUCGCGUUGCUCACGGAGAAGAGACGCGCGGCGACGGUGCGCGCGGUGAGCGACGUGCUCGUGUGCGCGGUCGUGUCGCGCGCGACGUUCACCAGGCUCAUGGGGAGCUGCGAGACGAUCAUGAAGCGGAACAUCGAGAGUUACAAGGAGAUCAUGAUGACGUUAGGCGGCGUCGGGAGCGCGUGA